UGUGAAGUUGACUAGUAUUCUUUUAUGACAUGCCGUUUACUAUGCGUCUUUCUCCGCAACUUACAUUUCUUCGAUCACUGAAUCUGGACGUUACAGAACCACCUUUCAAACUCCACUUUAAAUCCCAAAACUAAACCCCAAAUUCAGUUUCAACCCAAACAAACUUUUCAAUCUUCUUCUUCUUCUUCGUUCUUCAAUUUCUCGUCAACUCACACUCCUUCACAUCAACGCGUUCCUCUAAACACUCUGCAUCGUUUAGUUCUUUCGCGUGUUACAGAUAAAACUGUGCACGCAUUUAAACUUGUGCUGCAGACCAGUGAGAAAUCCUGUUUGUAUAUUGGAAGCUAUAGUUCAAUAUGUCAUCUGCAAGCAAGGGUGAUAGGAAGGCUUCCCUUGAUGCAGCAUCAUGGUUGUUUAACGUAGUUACGUCUGUGGCAAUAAUCCUUGUGAAUAAAGCCCUGAUGGCCACAUAUGGUUUUAGUUUUGCCACAACUUUAACUGGAAUGCAUUUUGCGACAACAACUUUGUUGACGGUCAUUCUUAAAUCACUGGGAUAUAUCCAGACUUCUCAUCUUCCAAAAUCUGAUAUCAUCAAAUUUGUGUUGUUUGCAAAUUGCUCCAUUGUUGGCAUGAAUGUGAGUUUAAUGUGGAACUCUGUUGGUUUUUAUCAGAUUGCUAAGCUGACUAUGAUUCCAGUAUCUUGCCUCCUGGAAGUUGUCUUGGACAAUGUGCGAUAUUCAAGGGACACAAAGCUUAGUAUUAUCUUGGUUUUGGCUGGUGUUGCGGUCUGUACAGUCACCGAUGUCAGUGUCAAUGCAAAGGGUUUCAUAGCUGCUGUGAUAGCAGUUUGUAGCACAGCUCUGCAGCAGUAUUAUGUACAUUAUCUUCAGAGGAAAUAUUCUAUUGGAUCAUUUAACUUGUUGGGCCACACUGCACCAGCACAGGCAGCAAGCUUACUUCUAGUAGGCCCCUUUAUGGAUUAUUGGUUGACAAACAAACGGGUUGAUGCAUAUGACUAUGGUUUGACAUCCGUUUUGUUCAUCAUUCUGUCUUGCACCAUUGCAGUAGGGACAAAUCUCAGCCAGUUCAUCUGCAUUGGUAGGUUUACGGCUGUAUCAUUCCAAGUCCUUGGCCAUAUGAAGACUAUUCUAGUCCUAUUCAUGGGAUUCAUUUUCUUUGGAAAAGAGGGCCUCAAUCUACAUGUUGUUCUAGGCAUGACAAUUGCAAUAGCAGGAAUGGUUUGGUACGGUAAUGCUUCUUCUAAGCCAGGGGGAAAAGAGCGUCGUAGCUUUUCCAUUCCUACCACUAAGACACAAGAUUAUGCUGCACUACCGGUGUCCUCUGAAUCAGUUGAGAAGGCUACCCCAUGACAACAAAGAGAGUCCAGUCUUACAGGGGAUAAGCAAAUAGGAUGUGGGCUAUACUGCUCAAGCCAUUGGCAAUGAAUGUGGACCUAGUUUCAUCCUAUCGGAUUUCUUUAGGUAUGUGAAAUUUUAGAAUGAGAUAUGCACCCACUCCAAAAAUGGAAAAACUAGUCCAGUGAAUAAUUAUGAACUAACUAUUCAUCUCACCCGGUGGGAAAUGUGGGAAAUUUUAUCAAUAUUUAC